AUGAAGAACUCUAGCCACAUGGAAAAACAGGGUGAGAAACAAAAGGCAGGAAUGUGCGCCAUAUAUCGAUUUACUGGGGCUGCAUUCAUCGCGGAUACCGACACACUCAGUGCCCUUACCAACAUGCAUCCCGAGCUGGAUGUCGGCAAACCGGAUUUUAGUCCCGAGGCAAAGCUUGCCUGGGCUCUGAUAGCAUAG